UCCAGGGUCACUCUGUGCUUAGCUUUGGUUUUUCAUGAUGGCAUAAACAUUAUCCGGAAACGUACAUGAAACCGCAACCGCCGCGCUGGUGCACCGCUGCAACCGACGAGGACGUCCGCCCGCGCCGCCCAAUCGAUAUUACCGCUCGGCGAGGGAAAGCGCAGCGUGGAAACUCGGCAACGCGGCGCCGCCAUUGAGAGAGCAGAAAAAGAAAAGCGUGUGCUCCCGCAAACAACAGGAAAAAACCAACGAAGGGGGAGGUGGAGUGAGUGGAGAAAAACCGAUUUGAGGUCGCCGGAUGUGAAAAUGUCGCAAGCAACUGGAGGAUCGGCCGCCGGAAUGGCGGACGCAGCGAAGCCGCCGGAGGAACUCCAGGACCUUGACACCAAUAGUCUGGAGCCGGGCGAAGUGGUGACCCCGCCCCAUCAGCAUCCUGGCAGUCCGGCCAUCAAGAAGCAACUGGCCAAGGACCUGAUGAUCAGCAAAACGUUGCGAAAGAUACCAGGUGGCAUUCUGGAACUGGCUCGCAAGGAGAAUGGCUCUGUGGGAACGCCAAAGACCCAAGCCGAAGAGGCAGACGACAGUGAGGGGCUCUACUCGGACUCGGACUCCUCGGGCGAGGAUCUGAAGAACGUGGAGGAUGUACAGAAGGCCAGGAAGGAGAAGCAGGAGGAGGCGGCAGCUGCUGCCCUUCCCCAAGCUCCACCCACGCCCUUUCUGGGCAUCAAUCCCCUUAGAUUCCACAUGCGCGCUCCUUGCUUCGACUUUCCUCGCAUGGGCUUCAUGCCCCGAAUGGCCAGGGGUGGACCCAUGGGGCCCAGGGGCAUGAGACCGCCCUUUUUUGGCCGCCCGCCCAUGCAAAAUCGUAUGGGAGCACCCAUGAUGGGUGGACCCCCGAACCAAGGACCUCCGCCGGGAGCCUACGGACCGCAGAAUCCUCCGGGACCAGGAAAUAACAGCAAUUCCGCUCGUGGCAAGCGAUCCCAAUCGGAAGUGGUAUGGACAUCAUUGCAGCCGCCGGUGUCCUUUGUCUUCAAUCUGGUUUCCGAGUGCUCGAAUUCAAAGCAUGAGAAUUGUAGGAGUAAAGCUGAAACCGCCGCAGACAAAUCCAAAGAAGCCACCAGCGAAACAAAGGACAAGACCACUGAGCAGUUAAAAGAAAGUGAUCGUUCGAGGGGCAAGACCAGGGAAAAAUCCCAGCACAGAGAUGCCACAAGAGGAAAAACCAGAGAAAGAACCGAGGAGAAAAAUCCAAACCGUGGAAAAACUAGAGAGCGGUCAAAGGAAAGGGAUUUAACCAGAGGAAAGACACGGGAAAAAUCAAAGGACAGGGAUGCAAGCAGAGGAAAGGGAAGGGAGAAGUCAAGGGAGAGAGGAAAAACUCGGGAGCGAUCCAAAGAAAGAAAUCAAGCCAGUGCAAAAAAGAGAAAAAUAUCAAGAGAAAAAGAUCAAACUGAAGGUGAAACUAGGACGGCAGCAGGGGCAGAAUCCCAGAGAAGAGAUAAAACCAGAGGAAAAACCGAAGACCGAUCCAGGGAGAGAGACAAAACUAGGCCCAAAACACCUGAAAGAUCACAAGCCAGAGAUCAAAGCAGAGGAAAGACUAGGGUCAGGGAGCAGACGAGAGCGAAGUCAAAGAAAAGGUCCAGAUCCAGAGAAAAGCGUCGAGAAAAAUCCAAUGAAAAGUUAGGCGAUAAAGAGAAGAACAGAGAUUUAUCCAAGGAAAACGUGAGUGAUAAAUCCAAAGUGCAUAGGGAUGAAUCCAAGGACAAAUCCAAGGAAUCGCACAAGGAAAACGCAAGUAAUAGGCAUCGCGAAAGAUCCAAGGACAGGGUUAGAAAACGAUCCAAGGAAAGAUUGCCAGUAAAAACAUCAGAAGCCAAACUAAAAAAAGAUUUCGUAGAAAGUCCAAAAGAAAAGCCCUCAGAACGAAAAAAGGAUACACUGCCGGAGCAAUUAGUCGAAACAAUAGAAGAACGUUCAAAGGAUAAGCAAAAAAAGCGAUCUGGAGAUAUGCAAUCAACAAAAACCUCGAAAGAAAGCGGAAAGGAGCACUCGAAGGAAAAGUCUAAGGAAGAAUAUGAGAAGAAAUCCGGGAAUCUGUCCAAAGAGAAGGAGGUUGGUACUCACAGGGAAAAGGGUUUGGAUAGAUCAAAAAGAGCAGCAACGCCGCAUGAAACGUCGAACAAAACUGCCUUCGAAAGUGACCAAAACUCGAAGAAACAGAGCGAGGCAUCUUCUUCAUGGGAGAGCAGAGAAGGAACUCCGCCAACGACACCGCCCCAAGUUCAAAUGCCUCAGACUCAAACUGCGGAAAUGCCGAUCCCCAAGGGUUUCGAUAUAUUCGCCGAUUCUCCGCCAAGAUUAAACACUGCCGUUACAGCUGCAGCUGUAUCUAUCGAAAGGAGCACUACGCCGCCAUUAAAGGCGACACCCCUAUCCAUUCCUAAUGUACAAAUUGCGAAACCCGACAAGUUGGCUCCACUGCUCAAGGCCAGCGAGAUUCACAGUAGGAUUGGCGCCCUGCUCGAGGACAGUGAUUUGCAUUUGGAUGCCCUACUGGCUACCAAGGAACAACUGUUUCGUCGCACCAACGAGUACAAGGAGAGAAAAGAGAUUAAAUCAGAGCCUCGGCCUAAAAGUAGCGAUAGGAGGUCAGGCGGAGAUAAAACGGAGGUGGAUCAUCACAAAAGCCAACCACGACAUACAAACCCCUUUAAGCGUGAAUCAGUAUUAAGCGGUAGGAAAUCUUCCCCGCGUCCUUCAAGCAAGGAGAGGCGACUUCAACGAAACGACAGUGAAAGUGAAGUGAAUUGGGACAAAGACCAAGAGCGAAAAAGCCAGCCUAGACGCAGUGAUGACUACAAAGCAAUCAGCAUUAAGAUUGAAAAGGAUCUUACGCCCCCGCCUCAACAAGCAGUCCUUUCGACAGGCACCAUCAAAAUCGAACGGAGUGCCACGCCCCCCCGAAAGGCAGAUCGCGAGGUGCUGGUAAGAAAUGGUGCAGUGGCGGCCAAUGCUCCCCCUCCCGCAAAAGAGCAGGAAAGUCCCGAUACGGAUGACUAUAUUGACAACUGGGAAAACGACGAUUCAAUGGCCAGCAUGCCGAAGAACGCCCCUCCCGCUACUCCGACGCCUGCUCCAAAUCCCAUUGCCUCUCUGAAUGCCACGCCCCUGCCACCACCAGCUGCCCAAUUCAAUGGCGAAGAUGAGGAUUCGAAUGCCCUGUGGAAUGCCAACAGCACACCCCCUCCUCGAGCCAAAGUUUCGAGCCUGGCCACGAGCAAUAUCCAUGAGUUAUAUGACAAAUUCAUGAGUAGUAUUAAGAUGUCCACCGAUGAUUUGGCGUCAGAAGCCCUGGAUGCGUCCAAGAACAGUUCCUUAAGUAAUUCCACUGCCGAGGAAAGUUCGUCGGGCACUGAGACUUCGUCAACGAGCAGCAGUAGCAGCGAAACCGAGGAGGAUUCUAGUUCAGAGGACGAAGAUGCCAAUGAGAACUCUUCGGAUGAGGAAUCUCUUGCAGCAUCAGGUAGUUCCAAAGCGAAUCAAUAUGAUAUCUCCGGCAAGGAGCAGCAGCAGAAAAAGAACAAUGUCAGCAAGGAUUUGCGCAAACUGAAAAGCCUCGAAGACAAUCUGGCCAGAAUUCAGAUGAUGCGAGAAAACUACGAUGCGGGCGAUGAGAUAUCCGAGGAACUGCUCAAAAUGGAAUCCCUGUUUCUCAUGCAGCGGAAUGCCAUCAUGGAUAAGUAUCGCAAGCAGGAACUUAAGAACAGUUCGUGUGAGAAUCAACAGCCAAUAGAUGAACAAGAAAACGAUCAGAAGCCAGUGGAGAUUAAGGAGCCAACGUUCCCGGUAAACAACAUCUUUAAUGCCAAUCGUGAGGCCAUCAAACUGACCAUUUCGCCUCUGAAACUCACAAGGAAACCGGCAAUUUUCGACAAGGAUGAACCAGAUCAACCUGAGCCAUCCAAACUCGCUGAGCAGCCACCUAAGGCACCGCUGCAAAAGCCACCGAAGGAGAUUGCCAUUGUGAAACCCACCAUUGUUAAAUCUCGAUCAAAGCCUAGGACCUUGAGGAGUCCACCGCCGCCUAUGACAAGUCGUCGUAGAUCCCGUUCGCGGUCUAUAUCCAGGAAUAGGGCCCGUCGUCGCGGCUCGAGGGCCAAGUCUCGUUCUCCUAGCCCCAGACGCUGGCGGCCUCCGUCGCCAAGGAGAGGUUCAAGAUACGGCAAGAGAAUGGUAGGAAUAACAGCCGGAGGAACUAAAAUAGGAAGAAGUAACAGCCGGAGUUUAACAAGGAGUCGAACGCGUAGUAGAAGUCCAAGCAGACGAAGACGUCCGCCACCAAUAGUUGGCAAUAGGAAACGCAUUUCGUUGUCUCCUAUUCCACCCAAAAUGGCUGGACCACGGUCACCGCCUCCACCCCGCCUGCGUCGCUCACUAAGUCGCGAUAGGGAGCGAGAACGGGGGCGAGAACGCUUCUCUCGCUCGCGUUCCCCGUUGCCCUUCAAGCCGCCAUCGCCGCCCAUGCGUCGCAGUUGGUCCAAAUCUCGUUCACCAAUCAGGCGGAGAUCGUUCUCGAGGUCGAGAUCCCGCUCUAUAUCCCCAAGAUCUCGGUCACCUGGUGGCGAUGGGUUCGUAAACUAUUUCGAGGAGAAUCAGGGCAUGGAAGCGGCUGCCUACUACUACAAUAUGUCGCUGAUGCAGCAGGAGGAUCAGGACACAAUGGGCGAGGGCUAUGAUGCGUAUGCAGCAUACAUGGACUCUGCCUACAACAUGGAACAGGCGUAUGCCCAGUACUCAGAAGAUUACUCGAAUUCGUAUGGGGAUUAUAUGGCUGAAAUGGCUUCGUCACCUCAGCCACCUGGAUCGGUUCUCCGAGAACUUCCUAUGGCACCGAUGGUGCCUAUGGAAUCCCAUAUUCCCAUGGAACCGAUACCUCAAAUGCCGCCGAUAAUGCCGCCUUUGUCAUCGGUAAUGCCGGUGGCUGUGCAAAAGGGCAACGUUUUGGAGAUAGUGCCCUCCGGCGCGGAGAUAAUGGAACCCCAGGAGAACCCACUGCCAGCUGCAAUAGAGGAGCCAAUGGAAAACAAUAGUAAACCCAAGCGGAAGAGCGUGAACUUUGUGGAUAACGUAAUGCCCACCUACGAGAGCGACAGCGAGGACCGCGCCAUCGUUGGCAUGGCGGUCGAGCGUGCCCUGCGAAAAUAUCAGGAGCGUCGUUCUCAGGCCGCUGCCAAGCUGCAACAGAUUCGCGACGAGUUGCUGGCAUUGCCUCCGCCACCACCGCCUCUAACGCCCAAGCCGGCCAAUCUGGAGAAGCCCGUGUUGGUGCAGAAGAAACCCAAGUUCCGAUACUUCCACUUUGAUCCUCUCAAAGGCGCAAUAGUGAAAUCGCACUCGCGAAUACUACGAUCACCCGGCCGACCGCCAUUCGAUCCCAAGCAUUUUGCCAUGCUGAUGAAGACCGGUCGUCUGCCACAGAUUCCGCCCGGAUUCCUGCGGCAUCGCCCUCCCAUUAUACCUGCGCAUCUGGAUUCUGCCACCAAGGCAGCGAUACUCAAGGAGUUCUUUAGCAAGCAUCCGCCACCACCGCUACCGAUGCCCAUGCCGUUGCCGGAUGGAAUGCCCUAUUACCUGAGUGGACCACCUCCUAUGCCAAGUGGAGCUGUACUUUCUCCCAUGCCUAUCAGUGUGCUACCGCAGCCCAUACCCGUUCUGGAUGGCAGUGGCUAUCAGGGUUAUCCUCAGCCGGUUGCCAUGGUGCCAUCGCCCGUUCCGGUUCCUGUACCCGUGCCGCUACCUGUGCCCGUGCCUGCUCUAAGUAAUCAUACGCCGCCUCCCGCGAUGAUAGCUCCUUAUUUCACACCGCCACCUCUGCCCGAGCUGCCAGCUCUACCCGAACUGCCGUCUCAGUUCACUGUGAAAUCGGUGCCCACUAUUACGGAAAUAAUGCCGGUGGAUAUACUGCAGAAGUUGGGACCGCUGCCGAAAACUUUGGACGUAGAUGAUGGAGUGGGAACAUCCAGCCCCGAGGAACCCGGCAACGAUCUCAAGGAGCCCGAAACAGAGCCAGCCGAACAGCCAGUGGUGGACAUUAAGCCGCAGCUCCUUGUGGAGACCCAGUAGUAGAUCCAUCACUCGUUAGUUUGAUUCUUUAGCCAAUAGCUUUUCUUUAGAAAAUUCUCUUUAAUUAUACACAUGAAAAUCCUUUAUCCUUUACGAUAAGAUUUACUUUUUAAAUAUUUUUUUUAUAAUUAUUUUUUAUUUGACCAUUUUGUAAACAAGUUGCAUUUAUCGAUAGAAGUCGUUUUAGGUUUAUUCAGCUCUAAGUUUGUAUGUCAUUUAUAUAUGGUUCGACUUUGACCAAGUUCAUUGAUUUCUAUAAGAAAAUAAAAAUGUAAAUACUUCAAUGCG